AUCCACAUUUCCACAGCCACCGCAAGGCAUCUAACCACACGCUAUGGCACCAUGCUACCCACUGGUAAACCUCGAAACCAGGACAACAAUGUUUACUCUCUUCACUCCUUCAUCCUCCACUUUCCUCUCCUCCGCUAAAACCCUCAGUAGACCCUUCUCCUCUCCAUCACCACUCCGGCUCAAAGCCGUUCCCUCUGUGACUUCUUCUCUCGAGCCCUCCAACAACACUAAUUCAGCCCCAUCAUUGCCCCCAAAAGUCCAGACUUUCUGGCAAUGGCUCCGCGACGAAGGCGUCGUCUCAGCCAAGACUCCGGCAGCGCCAGCCGUGGUCCCCGAAGGUUUAGGACUCGUUGCAACGAGAAACCUCGCUCGGAAUGACGUCGUCUUGGAGGUCCCAAAGAGGCUCUGGAUCUACCCGGAUGCCGCGGCAGCCUCGGAGAUUGGGAGAGUGUGCGCCGGGUUGAAGCCUUGGGUGUCUGUGGCUCUGUUCUUGAUCAGAGAGAAGCUCAAGGGCGACUCAAAAUGGCGCUACUACCUCGAUAUUCUUCCCCAGCGCACCGACUCCACUGUAUAUUGGUCUGACGAGGAGCUUGCUGAGCUUCAAGGAACCCAACUUUUGAGCUCCACAUUGAGUGUGAAAGAGUAUGUGAAGAGUGAAUUUCUAAGAGUGGAAGAAGAAAUCAUAUCCCCUAACCAGAAACUUUUCCCUUCUCCUAUAACAAUUGAUGACUUCUUUUGGGCCUUUGGAAUUCUCAGAUCAAGGGCUUUUUCACGCCUCCGUGGGCAAAAUCUUGUUCUGGUGCCGCUAGCAGACUUCAUCAACCAUAGUCCCAGUAUAACCACAGAAGAUCAUGCAUGGGAGGUUACUGGAGCAGCAGGUCUCUUCUCUUGGGAUUCCCUUUUUUCUCUCAGAACCCCAGUUUCUGUCAAGGCUGGUGAGCAGAUUAUGAUCCAAUAUGGCAUCAAUAAGAGCAAUGCAGACUUGGCUCUCGAUUAUGGAUUUAUAGAACUGAAUGCAGAUCGCAAUGCAUAUGCUGUUACGCUAGAGAUACCGGAGACUGACCCAUUUUUGGGAUACAAGCUGAACAUUGCCGAGUCAAAUGGUUUGGGUAAAACUGCAUGCUUUGACAUUGUUUUGGGCCAUCCACUUCCACUGGCAAUGCUUGCUUACCUGCGGCUCCUCGCACUUGGAGGCACAGAUGCUUUCCUCUUGGAGCCAUUUUUCAGAAACUCUGUUUGGGGUCUCCUACAAUUGCCGGUAAGCCGGGCCAAUGAAGAGCUCAUAUGCAGAGUGGUGCGAGAUGCCUGUAAAUAUGCCUUUUCUGGUUAUCCUACCACACUUGAAGAGGAUUACGAGAAGUUAAAAGAAUCAAAUCUUAGCCCCAGACUUAAAAUUUCAGUGGGCAUAAGACAAGGGGAGAAGAUGUUGCUCCAACAAAUUGAUAGGAUUUUCCAGGAGAAGGAAUUGGAAUUGGAUCAAUUGGAGUAUUACGAAGAAAGAAGGCUCAAGGAGCUUGAUCAAUGCAGGGAAGAUGUGAAAUCAUCCUCUCAUAGCUCAAGUUGCUAGUGCCAAAAGAAGUUGGAUAUGAAAUUUUGGGAAAUAACUAUAUUCGCCACUUUUAGAAGACAUCCAAGUUUGAAACCAAUUAAUGAAGUAGAGUUCCUAGAAACACAAAAAGAUGCACUAGAAGUUCAAAUUAUUAGCAUAAUAUUUUUUUUUAUUGUGCAUCUGGGAGCAUGAAUUUCGAGUAAUGAAUUUGAAUUUGGAUGAACUUAGGUAAAAUUUAAUAUAAUUUUGCAUUGCAUUUUGUCUAAA